CCGGCCCGGCGCUCGCCGCCGCAGCCGCCGUUAAAAGAGCCCGCAAGAUGGCCGAGCUGGGCGGCAAGGGCGUCACGGCCGGCAAGAUCGCCAGCAACGUGCAGAAGAAGCUCACGCGCGCGCAGGAGAAGGUCCUUCAGAAGCUUGGGAAAGCAGAUGAAACAAAAGAUGAGCAGUUUGAACAAUGCGUGCACAACUUCAACAAACAAUUGUCAGAAGGCACAAGGCUGCAGAAGGACCUCCGAACUUACCUGGCYUCCGUAAAAGCCAUGCAUGAGGCCUCCAAGAAGCUGACAGAGUGUUUGCAGGAAGUUUAUGAGCCGGAUUGGCCUGGGAGAGAUGACACAAAUAAAAUAGCAGAGAACAAUGACCUCCUCUGGACGGAUUUCCAUCAAAAGCUGGUGGAUCAGGCGCUUCUGACCAUGGAUACGUACCUUGGCCAGUUCCCAGACAUUAAAUCUCGCAUAGCGAAGCGAGGAAGGAAGCUUGUGGACUAYGACAGCGCCAGACACCAUUUUGAAGCCCUGCAAACUGCAAAGAAGAAGGAUGAAACCAAAAUUGCCAAGCCUGUCUCGCUGCUUGAGAAAGCUGCGCCUCAGUGGUGUCAAGGGAAGCUCCAAGCUCACCUCGUUGCGCAAACUAAUCUGCUCCGAAAUCAGGCUGAAGAAGAGUUAGUAAAGGCUCAGAAGGUGUUUGAAGAGAUGAAUGUUGAUCUGCAGGAGGAGCUGCCUUCACUAUGGAAUAGUCGUGUUGGUUUCUACGUCAACACAUUCCAGAGUAUAGCGGGCCUAGAAGAGAACUUCCAUAAAGAAAUGAGCAAGUUGAACCAAAACCUCCAUGAUGUCCUGCUGGGUCUAGACAAGCAGUACUCGGGCAACGCCUUCCCCAUUAAAGCACAGCCCAGUGAUAGCACCCCAGGGAAAGCAAAUAAAAGCCCCUCGCCUCCACCAGAUGGAUCCCCCAUCACCAGCCCUGAGAACAAGACUGUCAACCAUGAGCUGGAGUCGUCCUCUUUGGAAGCACCUGGGGCCAGCAUCCCAAAGUCACCAUCUCAGCUGAGGAAAGGGCCUCCGGUGCCUCCGCCUCCAAAAGUCACCCCCUCCAAGGAGAUCAAGCAGGAGAACAUCAUCAGUCUGUUUGAUGACAAUUUUGUCCCCGAGAUAAGUGUGACAACCCCCUCGCAGUUUGAUGCCCCUGGGCCCUUCCAGGAGGGAGCCAGCCUGUUGGAUCUGGAUUUUGAUCCCAUUAAGCCAGAUGCCACUGUGGGGAAGACCCCCACGCCUGCCUCCCAGUCUUUACCUUGGGAUUUAUGGGAGCCUGCAGAAGCAGCUCAUGCAGGUGCCGAAGCAGCUGGAUCAGAAGCAGCAGCCGGAGCCGAAGCAUCUAAAGCCGAAGCUGAUUCAGGAUCUGCCUCAAGCUCUCUGCCUGCUGUGGUUGUGGAAACUUUCCCUGCUACUGUCAAUGGCACCGUGGAAGGAGGCGCCUCCUCCGAAAGAGCUGACAUGCCCCCGGGGUUUCUUUUCAAGGUCCAGGCCAUGCAUGAUUACACAGCCACUGACAGUGAUGAGCUGCAGCUGAAGGCUGGGGAUGUUGUGCUUGUGAUUCCAUUUGAGAACCCUGAGGACCAGGAUGAAGGAUGGCUCAUGGGCGUGAAGGAAUCCGACUGGAUGCAGCACAAGGAACUUGACCAAUGCCGAGGGGUUUUCCCAGAGAAUUUCACAGAGCGGGUGCAGUGAAAGCCUGAGUCCACCAGCCCCAUUUUCUGCUGGAAGAGAGCAAGUUUGCUGAUAGAUGUUUGGAAAAGAACAGCAAAAUGAAAGAAGAGAAUUUUAAAGGAAGAGAAGUCUAAAAAAGUGUCAACUGAAAGGGUGUGUUCUCAAAGGGCAAGGUUUUAGAAGUAAAUUGAAACUCAAAGCUUUAUUAAAAUAUAUACCUAUCAUAAUAAUAAGGCAAGUCAAAUACCCUCUUCCACCUUUGAUUUAACAGCAUUUGAAUUCAGAGGACUGAUACAGAGGCAACUCAGUGUGGUUCUGCACAUUGCCUGAAUUGGUGACGUGUCAGUCUGAUCUGGAAAGGCAAUAUUCGUCCGAUGACUUGAGCAGAGAAGCUCCAUUUGCUCUUGGGUGGGUUCAUCUGUUUUGUCUCGAAGGUGGCUUGCAUGGCAACCAUAAAAAUUCAGCCUUCCCCAUGUGUUCAAUUUACAGUAGGCCGAAAUAUCUGUUAUGCUGUUCAAAAGAUAUAUUUAGUGUAUAGUGUUCACCAAUACAAUGUAUGUGUGUGUGGGUGUGUGUGUGYGCGCUUUAUUUUCUUUCUUUCAAACAAUGUUAUGCAAACUGUGAUUUUAUACAUUUGAAGAUAAAGGAAGCUAUGUGGGAAGGGCAUGGAGGAGAURACCUGUGUGAAGCUGUGCUAAGUCCAGAGAUUUCCUGAAACUGCAAUUUUCAAACUAGUGUUGGCCUGUGAAAUGCCAGGAGGAACUGACAAAUUGAAGAGGAGAAACGAGGCAAAACAAACAGAUGCCGAAACUUCAGAUGGUUCUGAAAUUUAGGAGAGGGAAUCCCCUGCCCCCAAGCCCUGUAAACAGAUUCAGGAAGUGCUUAGAUUCCUGUAGAGGGAGGAUAGCAAUCUAAUCCGGCUUGUUAGUAUGCUUGUAGAGGAAGAGAUAAUGGAAGGUUCCCCCCACCCCAAAGGCUAUGUAAGAAAAAACACUGAGAAAAAGCACUCUUUUCUGUAUCUUUAAUUGGAAUUGUUUGUGGAAUUGUGUUUCUUAUUUUUAUUCAAAGAGAUUCUUUAAGUGAAGCAUUAGAUCAGCUUUCUCCAGUGUUGUGCUGGUGAUCUGGUUAACUUCCAAGAAAACUGGACUCUUAAAAUACUCAUUUGAACUGACUGCAUGAUUUCAUGGUAUUUUAAUGCAUUAAAAGCGAAAGGCAAGGAUGUCCAAUUGUCAGUGUCACAAAGACGCUCUGCGGUCUAAUACUGAUGCUGAGAAUUUUCCUAGACCUUUCCUUUGCUCCUGUUUGCUUUAGAUGUUUUGCUUAUUUUUAGUUUAAACAAGCAGAUAUCUCAAAGUGCAUAUUACACUAGUUAAAAUAAGCCAGUUCUGACCCUGCAMGACUCUGACAUCCCACAAAGGUACUUUUAAACAUUACUUGAAUACUGAUGCAGCUGGCAAGCAGGUCAGGCUAUUACCAUUUUUUAUGGCUUCUUAUCCCCAUGAUCUUUUUGCCUUGAAGGGAUUUUCAACAGURAGGUUACCUCCUGCUGCAGAGGGACAGGAUCACUCUAUGAAAUAAUCUUCCUAACUURGGAGCUGGCUUUUAUCAAAGAUGCAGAGAAUGCUGACACACACUACUGAAAAUCCUACCCUCUCUGACCUGUUUUCCUUACUUGUAGGACAACAGGGAAGAAAAAUAGGGUAAUAAUAGAGUAAUAGACUUUUUUUUUUCUUUUUUAAUUUUGGUCAAAGGGAAGUGUCAAGUUUUGAUCUGAUGCUAUAUUCU